AUGUCCUCUCCGCUAACGCAGCUGCGCAAGGGCCACUGGUUGCCACCGCGAGACCCGCGGACUGUGGAUUGGAAACUUGCCGGCAACGUGCCGUUCAUCACGACAGUAAUACUGUUUUACAUCUACGUAGUGAAGUUCGUCGGGCCCCGCUUUAUGAAGGGGAGAGAGCCUUUCAAAUGUUUGCGGCCUCUCAUCAUGGUCCACAACGCGGCCAUGAUCGUAGUCAACGUGUACUUCUUGUUCGCAAUCGGGUCCCGUACUCACUUCGGUGGCGGUGCCAGCUUCUUCUGUCAGGGGCUCGACCUAAGCGGCUCCACGACCAGCAUCGAGGUAGCGGAUCUGCUUUGGUGGUACCUAUGGUUCCGCAUCAUCGACUUUUUGGACACUGUGUUCUUCGUACUCCGCAAGAAGGACUCUCACGUUUCUGUGCUGCACGUCGGGCACCACGUCAUGGUCGUCUUCACCGGCUGGUUCGGCCUGACCUACGGCCCUGAUGGCCAGGCCGUGCUCAUGGUUCACGUUAACACGUUUGUGCACGUCGUGAUGUACACCUACUACUUUCUGACGCUGCUGGGCCCCCGCUUCAUGCGCUACCUCUGGUGGAAGCGCUACUUGACUCAGCUGCAGAUUGCCCAGUUCAUUUUCAUGCUGGUGCAUGCGCCCAUACCCCUGUUUGUCGACUGUGGCUAUCCGCCGGCACAGGUGCUUGUCAUCAUGAGUCAAGUGGCCUUCUAUUUUGUCAUGUUUGUGCGCUUUUACAUGCAGGCCUACAGGAAACGUGCGAAGGCUGUCUGA